UAGUUUACAUGUUGACAAUAGAAGUGAGGAAAUACCAUCUGACCAAUCACAUCUCAGUGCGCUCGGAUGACGUACAAUGGGUGCGACUCGGCGGUAUCAACAUGCGGGAUGGAUGUGUUGAUUUCAGCCAACGUGUGAAGUGAGGAAAAAGUAAUUCACAUUACUGCCGCUGUCAAGUAUAUUUAGGGUUUGGGCAUUUUCUCGUGAGUAAGAUGGCAAAUACCAACCUUCAAUUCAAAACAAAUUAUGUUGUUGACAGCAAAAUUGAGCCGUUUUACAAAGGAGGAAAAGUGCAGAUCAGCAAAGAUGAAAAGUAUAUCUUUUGCACUUGUGGCUCUCGUGUCAACGUUUUGGAGAUCAGCACAGGGAAGAUCAUCCACAGUGUUGAGCAUGAUGAUCAAGAGGACAUCACAUCUUUCGCACUCAGCUGUGAUGAUGAGAUGCUGGUAACGGCUAGUAGAGCUCUGCUGCUGAAGCAAUGGGACUGGAAGCAAGCGCAGUGCACUCGCUCCUGGAGGGCCAUUCACACGGUUCCUGUAGCCAGUAUGACCUUUGACUCCACCUCUACACUCCUGGCAACAGGUGGCUGUGAUGGCACUAUAAAGCUUUGGGAUGUGGUGAAGCAGUACUGCACCCACAACCUCAAAGGGUCAUCUGGCGUUGUACACCUGGUCCAGUUCCAUCCAGACAUCGACAGGCUGCAGCUCUUCUCCUCCUCUCUGGACUGUGGCAUUCGGCUGUGGGACCUGCGCUCCAGUCAGUGUGUGUGUGUGCUGCAGAGCCACUACAGCGCUGUCACCUCGCUCAGCUUCAGCCCGAAUGGUGACACCAUGGUCAGUUCUGGCAGAGAUAAGAUCUGUACAGUGUGGGACCUAAAGACUCGGAAAGCCAAGAGAACUGUGCCGGUCUAUGAGGCUGUGGAGGGUGUUGUGCUGCUGCCUGGCGACAAGGACUUGUCUCAGAUUGGAGUGAAGAGCAAAGAUACGCAUUUCAUCACAGCCGGCAGCAAAGGUGAAUUGCGAGUGUGGGAGGCAAGCACGGCACGUUGUGUCUACGCCCAGACCCUCACCUCCAGCCUCACCGCUGUCUCUGAGGAGGAGCAGGAGGAGAAGGACGACGAUCCCCGCGGUCCUUACGUUCCUCUUCCACCUGCCUGCCUCCUUCAAACUGGCACAGUCACAACAGAGCACAACAUCGUCCUUUACCAGCUGCCUGGUCUCACCACACAGCAGCAGUUUGUGGGAUACAAUGAUGAAGUGCUGGACGUGAAGUUUCUGGGUAAAGGAGACAGCCACAUUGUGGUGGCCACCAACAGCUGCCAGCUAAAGGUGUUUGAGCUGCUCACCAACAGCUGCCAGAUCCUCUACGGACACACAGAUACUGUUCUCUCAUUGGACGUGUUCAAAAAGGGUUUUCUCUUUGCAAGCUGUGCGAAGGACCGGUCAGUGCGUGUGUGGCAGAUGGACAGCGACAGUGGUCAGGUGCACUGUGUGGCUCAGGGCUCCAACCACGCCAACGCUGUGGGCUCCAUCACCUGCUCCAGGAUGAAAGCAUCUUUCCUAGUGUCUGGCAGUCAGGACUGCACCGUGAAGGUGUGGGAUCUACCGGCAGACUUGUCCACGACAGGUGCUGAAAUACACCAGCUGACCCCCCGCGUCACAGAGAAAGCACAUGACAAGGAUGUAAACAGCGUGGCGGUGUCGCCCAACGACAAGCUGCUGGCUUCGGGCUCACAGGACCGCACGGCCAAGCUGUGGUCGCUGGCAGGGGAGGGGAACGUGGGCCUGCUGGGGGUGUUUAAGGGCCACCGUCGCGGCGUCUGGGCCGUCUGCUUCUCUCCUGUCGACCAGGUGCUGGCCACGUCCUCCGCGGACGGCGCCUCCAAGCUUUGGAGCCUGCAAGACUUCAGUUGCCUCAAGACAUUCGAGGGUCACGAUGCAUCGGUUUUGAAGGUCAUCUUUGUGAGCCGAGGCACUCAGCUGCUCACCAGUGGCUCAGAUGGUUUAGUAAAGCUGUGGACCAUAAAGACCAACGAGUGUGUGAAGACGUUGGACGCCCACCAGGACAAAGUGUGGGGUCUCCACACCAGCAGCAAAGACGACAAAAUGGUGACUGGCUCAGCGGACUCUAACAUCACCGUGUGGGUGGAUGUGACAGAAGUCGAGCUGGCAGAGGAGCAGGCCAAGCAAGAGGAUCAGAUACUCAAGCAGCAGGAGUUGUCCAACCUGCUCCACGAGAAGAAGUACCUGAAGGCCCUGGGUCUGGCCAUCUCGCUGGACCAGCCUCACACUGUGCUCACCGUGAUUAAAGCGAUCCGGCAGGUGGAGAAUAGCCGUGAGCUGUUGGAGAAGACGAUACUGAAACUUCGAGUGGAUCAGAAAGAGUCGCUCCUGCGCUACUGUGCCGUGUGGAACACCAACGCCAGAAACUGCCAGAAUGCCCAGGCCGUCCUCCAGGUUCUCCUCACACACCUGCAGCCGGAGGAGCUGCUGCAGUACCAGGGCGCCCGAACCCACCUCGAGGGACUCAUUCCGUAUACAGAGAGACACAUGCUGAGGAUCGGCAAUCUGCUGCAGGCGUCCAUGUUCUUAAACUACAUGUGGCAGAAGAUGAGAGUGGCCGGAGAACCAACCAGCAUGGGCCAAGAUGAAGACAUGGAUUCCUCUCCUCUUGCACAGCCUUUCUUUAUGGUUGACAAGGAGAAAGGAAUGGGCGGUGAGGAGAAAGGAGAUGGGGUUGACAGCGAUGGCGGACAAGAUGAAGAUCCAAAUUGCCCAGAUAAAGAAGAAGAAGAAGAGGAGGACGAUGAGGUCAGUGCCACCAAGAAAGCCUCUGCUAACGGCGGGCGAGUAGAAAACGGAGAGAGCACCGAAACCAAUGGCAACCACCCGUCUGAAAGUGAGGAGAGCUCAGAAGAGGAAGACCCUGAAGAAGAGGCUCAAACAACAGGAGAGGUGUUGAAAUGUCUCCCAGUUUGUUUCUCUGCACAAUGCCAGACUUCCGCCAGCUGACGGAUCUCCAAGCUGAUAACAGAUGACUCGCUCCCUGAGGAAAAGAAAGAGGGGUCGUCUUAUCACGCACCAUUAGCUGGUGUGACGCACUGAACAUGUGGCAGUGCAGGAAGAGACGGAGAGACGGGUGUGGAGGGAUGUUGAUGAUUAAGAUAAUCAGUGGCUUGUAAAGACGUUCUGUCCUGUGGCACUAACUAAAUUGUGCAGCAGUUCUUCCAUUCAGAGUUUGAGCCUGAUUUCCUCAGACAAAGUGGACGUUGGGGAGUAAAAGUGGAGAGACUGAAGGAGGACAGAGCUGUGUUGUCCUCACACACUGUACGUACCAGCACCCAUUGUCUAGUUCUCUAAAGUUGCAUAGACCUGAUCUACCGGUUCGACAACGCAAGAGGUUUCUUCUAUAACCACACUUUUCUUUUUAAUGUCAAAACUACAAAUGUUUAUAAAAUAAAAAUCUCUUCUUUGUGAUUUAAAA